AUAUACAUAUAUAUUUAUUUUUACAUAUCACAUACAUAAAACAUCAGUUCUUACAUUGGUCCAGUACUGUAUUGAAGAAUUGCAUGACAACACGCGUGCAUGGCUUUAUUUUUAUGACAUCCUUAUUUACACAUACAACACAGGAUCCAGGAGUUUGUGUAACUCACUUGUGUGUUGCUGGUUCAUCUGCUGAAUACAAAUAACAGAUCAGUUUUUUUUUUUUUAAAAGACUUUAUUUUUUUUUUUUUUAAAUUUAUUUAUUAUAUAUACUAUAGCUGUCUUCAGAUACACCAGAAGAGGGCAUCAGAUCUCCUUACAGAUGGUUGUGAGCCACCAUGUGGUUGCUGGGAAUUGAACUCAUGACCUCUGGAAGAGCAGUCGGGUGCUCUUAACCGCUGAGCCAUCUCUCCAGCCCCCAUAACAGAUCAGUUUUACCUGACACUCCAUUCCGCCCUGACACUCCUUUCAGCCAAAAAAAAAAAAAAAAAAGUGCUUUCUUUGGUUUAACAAUGUUUUCGUGACUUAUUUGUUGUGUGACCUAUCUCAUCUGUAAAUAGAAUAAUAGUUGUCCUUAACUCAUAGAGAUGAAUAAAUGAGACAGAAAGCGUUUUUGCACUCUGCCACACUUUAUAGCAUCAUCGAACCCAGGAAAAGGAAAUAGCCAGCUCCAGAGUUUUCCUUUUCUUUUUCUUCUUUUCCUGAGGUUACGAAUAAAGGUGCAGGCAGCUCCACCUCCUUACUGAAAUUUCCUCCGUCCGUCCUCUUCCGGUUAGCGAGGAAUGGAUCUUAUUUCACAGGACAAAGGCAUUUCACUAAUGUUUCAGCUUCCCCAUCUUUCCCACCGCGAAGCUGGUGAUCUGGUGAGUUAUUUCUGGAAGAUGACAGUCUCUGGGAGCCAGAGGUUCCCCGAAGCUUCACAGGCCCAAGAAGCCAGGACUACAAUUCCCAGAAUCCUGAGCUCCAGGGCGCGCGCGUGCGCCGUAGUGGCGAAGGGAGUGGGGCGGAGUUGUCUAUGGCCGUGAGUUCCCUGUGCACGUCUCUGUUGUCCCCCUCUCUACUCUGGGUGCUUCGGUGCUUCUAGCACAGGUCUAUGGGUAGGAGGAACUAGUGCUGGGCCUUCCUUCGACAGCUUCUUAAGUUUUGAACAGGCCAGUCCCUCAAAGGUUAGGCUGUGCCUGGGUCCAGCGCCUUCAUGUUCCUUCCCUAGAAAAAGAUCUGGAGAGGCGUGGAGAGGAAGAGUGAGAGGCUUACGGGUCAUUUACCAGGCCUACUCCGGAUUUCCAGGAAGCUCCGAAGCUGUCCUCCUGACGUGUGAAGAAACCUGGUCGAAGCCAGGCUGGCUAUGAAGAGCGAAGCUUCGACUUCUGCAGCCCCUUUGAAAGGGCUCGUGGGCCCUCUGCGGAGCAGCGAGCCCGCGCUCGCCCUCCCGGCUGUGUCACCCGCGGUGCACCUGCUGGAAGAGGCGGCCGACCUGUUGGUGGUGCACCUGGACUUCCACGCCGCACUAGAGACUUGCGAACGAGCCUGGCAGAGCCUGGCGGAGGAGCCCGCGAGUGGCACUGUUGUGGAGGUGAAAUGUUCCCUGUGUGUAGUGGGGAUCCAGGCUCUGGCAGAAAUGGAUCGAUGGAGAGAAGCCUUGUCCUGGGUCCUCGGGUAUUACCAUGUUCCUGAAAAGCUGCCUCCCAAAGUCCUGGAGCUAUGCAUCCUUUUAUACAGCAAAAUGAAAGAUCCCGAAGCUGUGCUGGGUGUGGCCGGAGCCUGGCUCCAGGACCCAGAUAACCAGGGCCUUCCAGAAUAUGGAUCGCUGGCCAAACUCCACCUGUUCCGGCUGCUGCUACCCUUGGGUCGCUUGUCAGAGGCUGAGGAGCUGGCCGUGGGCUCUGCGGCCUUCAGCGAGGAGCAGCGGGUAGAGGCGCUCCAGGCCAUCCACACAGCACAACAACAGCUCACACAGGAGCAUUUGAGCUCCCAGGAGCCCCAGAAGCUGAGGCAGGAAGGUUCAUUUCCCCGUAAGUUGCUGUCACUGCUGAUGCUGCUUCGCCGCCUUUGUGGCUCUGCGGUGAGCCACCUUCUCUCCCAGCCCUUUAGAAAGGGCCUCCUGGCUGCCUUGAUCCUCUGUCUCUUGGUUCUACGGUUUGAUCCAGCUCCUUCUUCACUGCCCUUCCUCUACCAGCUGACCCAGCUCUUCCGCCGGAUCCAGAAGGCCACGCUUUCUCGGCUCUACCCGCUCACCCUCCGGGACUGAGUGGUCCUACGUGGCUGCCUCUGCUUCUUACAGUCCCCAUCUACAGAAGCGGAAAAGCCGAGCCCAGUGGCUGGGUCCCAGAUGGCACCAUGGCAGUGGGCCCAUUCGUUCUAGGAGGAGGAGCCAAGGCGGGAGAGCCAUGGCUUGCCUGUGAACCCGCCCUUCCGUAUCCCAUUGUGGCUGGCCUCAAAAGGAGUGUGUGAACAGUGGUGCCCGAGGCCAGCGCACAGAAUUCUGCACAGCUCCUCAAAAAGAAGGGGUUUAGGAGCAGGGACUGGGUCUUGAGACAUUGUGGUUUCUUGACAAAGGCAGAGGGUGACCUUCCAGAUCGGGCGCUGGAGGAGCUGCGAUUCACAAACGCGGUGGAGCGGCCCUUAGCCAUUUACCUCUGAAACCCCUCCACAGCUCAGUACCUGAAUUCAGUAAAACCGGAGUCCUCUCUUCCCCCACGCCCCUCCCACAGAGGCUGGGAUCAGUUCACCAUCCCCUCCCAUUGGUCCAGCUUUCUGCUAGAGGCAUUUUUCUGUUCAGACAGGAUGUGGCUUCUGACCCACCCAGGUAGCCACAGGAGCAAUGUGAGCCUGCCUGACCUUAUCUCUGGGGAAUGUGAUCUUUCUUGGUGCCGCUGAGUCUUAGCACAGUUUGCCAGCAUGCCUGGGGCAUGCACUGCUCUCUGGGACCCACUGUCUUCCCACUCUACCCCACCACCUUUUGACCUGUCCAGUCCCCUGUGUCUCACCACUGACUCUCCUUGGUCCUUUCUCAGGGUCCUAGUUGUCUGUUGUUUGAAUAAUGCCCAAGUCUCUGCUCCUGUGCUGUGAAAAGUAGGCCAGGCACAGGGCUGGGAGCUGAAAAUGGAACUGGGUAAUCAGGUGAGCUGUAAGAUCCGAGGGGGCUGGGGGUGGGGGUCAGAGGGACAACCCCAGGGAGGAGGCACUGCACAGGCCUCAGCAUGUCUGUGUAAGAAAGUGCAGAAUACUCUGGUGCCGCCAGGAUGGAGGCCCUCAGCCGGCCACCCACUCCGGAUCUCUGACACCGGAUGGCAAGAGUGCCGAGAGGGUUUGCUAGCCUUUCUGUUGGUUGAUUUUUAGGGACUGUGAGCCAGUAGCUUUUCUCUAGAAGAGGAAAACUCACAGACAGAAUUCCAUCAAAAUCCUGAAGACUUGGUAACUAGAACCAUCUUACAAAAAAACAAAAACAGACCCUAGAUCGCUGGGGAGAGAAAAGGACUCCGGAAGGUUGAAAUCCCUUGGCCAUGACUCCUUCACUGUUGCCCAACUUGGCCCAGAAGGCCUGGGCUCAAGUGCUGAACUCCACCCUCCAGCCUCUUGAGUGUCUGUGACUCACACACCUUAUGACAAUGGUUUUGAAAUGUGGAUCUGCAUGUUCACUGCCCUAGAAGAAACUCCUUAAUGGCUUCCGUGGCCCACAGGAUAAAAAUCCAGAUUCUCUUCAGUGGAAACUUAGGCCCAGUGUUCGCAGGCUUGGCUGACGGCUCCUUUGCCGUGUUGCCCUGCUCCCUCAGCAGGCUGCGUUCUAGCUGCCAGGCCCUCCUCAGGCCUCUCUGUCAUGGCUUCGCUGUAACUGCUGGAGGGUCUUGUAGCGGCUCUGCCCCAGAUCCUUGGCUUUCCAGGCUCCCUCAAGAGCUACCUAGCAUCCUUUGCUUCCCAGCCUCUGCCUCCCGCCCCUCCUGCAGGAAAGCGUGGUGGUGGCAGGACUGUUUGCCUCUGAAGCCGCAGAGCAAGGCUGCACAGUGUUUGAGUCAGGCUCACGUUCCUGCUCUGCUGUGUGGGUGACUGUUGGCCAGGGCUCAGCCUUCUCGGCUACAGGUUGGUCCUCUUCUCACAGGGCCUCUUCCAUGAGUGAAUAGGGCUCUUUUGGCACUUUCCACAGCCCUGAGGGACAGUUCUUGUGAGCCGUGGCUAUUCCCAGGCACAGGGGUGAGUGAGUGAUGGGCACGUGCUUCUGGUGCCUGCGCUGUCCUGUGCUGUGAAAUCCUGAACUGAUCAGACCAGCUUGUCUUUCUCCUGAUGCUCCUCAGUGUCGCUCUGCUGGUGGCCCAUGGGGCUCUGGCUAUUUUACCUGACUGCCGCAGGGCUGUCUGUACCCUCACUGCCUGCCUAUCAGGUGAGGAACUCGAAGCCCAAACUGCUGCUGUUACUUUGACCUUUCCAAGGAUGUAGGCUGGUCCUCAGCUCUGGGCUUAAGAGGUCAGAGUGAAGGGAGGGCCGGCCUUGUUUGGUAGGCCAGCACUGCAGCCAUCAGCCAAAGGCAGCUUUUGAGCAUUUGAGUUGUGGCUCACCCAUGUGGACACAUGCUGUAAUUGUAAAACAUACACACUGGAUUUCAAAGACCAAGUACAAAAAAAUAAAAAUUAAAUUAAAAAAAAACUGGAAGAUUUUUAUAUUGAUUAUGUUGAAAUGAUAAUAUUUUGGAUAUAUUUGGUUCAAUAAAAUUGAAUAAGCUAA